AGGCGGAGGUCACGGAGGCUCCGCCCCCUCCUGACCUGCUUCCGAGUGCGGCGGCGCGCCACGUCGCCCGCCCGGUGCGUCCGCGGAGGUGGGCGGGGCUGGCCGUGAAGAUGGCGGCCGGUAUCCGGGAGAAGCAGACGGUGGCCUUGAAGCGUAUGUUGAAUUUUAAUGUUCCUCCUAUUAAAAACAGCACAGGAGAACCUGUAUGGAAGGUUCUCAUUUAUGACAGAUUUGGCCAAGAUAUCAUCUCUCCUUUGCUGUCAGUGAAAGAGCUGAGAGACAUGGGCAUCACCUUGCAUCUGCUUUUGCAUUCUGAUCGAGAUCCUAUUCCAGAUGUUCCAGCAGUAUACUUUGUAAUGCCAACAGAAGAAAAUAUUGACAGAAUGUGCCAGGAUCUUCGAAAUCAACUUUAUGAAUCAUAUUAUUUAAAUUUUAUUUCUGCCAUUUCAAGAAGUAAACUGGAAGAUAUUGCAAAUGCUGCAUUAGGGGCCAGUGCAGUAACACAAGUAGCGAAGGUCUUUGAUCAGUAUCUCAAUUUUAUUACUUUGGAAGAUGAUAUGUUUGUAUUGUGUAAUCAAAAUAAGGAGCUCAUCUCAUAUCGUGCCAUUAACAGACCAGAUAUAACGGACACUGAAAUGGAGGCCAUUAUGGACACUGUGGUUGAUCGUCUCUUCUGCUUUUUUGUUACACUUGGAGCUAUUCCUAUAAUCAGAUGCUCAAGAGGAACUGCAGCAGAAAUGGUGGCAGUGAAACUAGAUAAGAAACUCCGAGAGAACCUAAGAGAUGCCAGAAACAGUCUUUUCACAGGUGACACGCUUGGGGCUGGACAAUUCAGCUUCCAAAGGCCUUUGUUAGUCCUUGUUGACAGAAACAUAGAUUUAGCAACUCCUCUACACCAUACUUGGACAUACCAGGCCUUAGUGCAUGACGUACUGGAUUUCCAUUUGAACAGAGUUAAUCUAGAGGAAUCUUCAGGAAUGGAAAAUUCUCCAGCAGGGGCUAGACCAAGAAAAGAAUAAAAAUCAUAUGACUUAACUCCAGCUGAUAAAUUUUGGCAAAAGCAUAAAGGCAGUCCUUUCCCAGAGGUAGCGGAGUCUGUUCAGCAAGAGCUGGAAUCCUACAGAGCCCAAGAAGAUGAGGUCAAAAGGCUUAAAAGUAUUAUGGGAAUUGAAGGGGAGGAUGAAGGAGCAAUAAGUAUGCUUUCUGAUAAUACAGCUAAGCUAACUUCAGCUGUUAGCUCUCUUCCAGAACUACUUGAAAAGAAAAGGCUCAUCGAUCUUCAUACAAAUGUUGCAACUGCUGUUUUGGAGCAUAUAAAGGCACGGAAACUGGAUGUGUAUUUUGAGUAUGAGGAAAAAAUAAUGAGCAAGUCCACUCUCGAUAAAUCUCUCUUGGACAUGGUUUCUGACCCUGAUGCUGGAACUCCAGAAGACAAGAUGCGAUUGUUUCUUAUCUAUUACAUAAACUCAGUGCAGGCACCAUCAGAGGCUGAUUUGGAGCAAUACAAAAAAGCAUUGACGGAUGCAGGAUGUAACCUUACUCCCUUGAACUAUAUAAAACAAUGGAAGGCUUUUGCCAAGAUGGCUUCAGCUCCUACCAGCUAUGGAAAUGCUACAGCUAAACCAUUGGGUCUGUUUUCACGUGUUAUGAAUACGGGCUCACAGUUUGUGAUGGAAGGAGUGAAGAAUUUGGUAUUGAAACAACAAAAUCUGCCAGUCACACGUAUCCUAGACAACCUUAUGGAGAUGAAGUCAAAUCCUGAGACAGAUGAUUACAGGUAUUUUGACCCCAAGAUGUUGCGAGGCAGUGACAGCUCAGUUCCAAGAAACAAAAAUCCAUUCCAGGAGGCAAUUGUUUUUGUAGUUGGAGGAGGCAACUACAUUGAAUAUCAAAAUCUUGUUGACUACAUAAAGGGCAAACAAGGCAAACAUGUCUUAUAUGGCUGCAGUGAACUUUUUAAUGCUGCACAGUUUAUAAAACAGCUGUCCCAACUUGGGCAGAAAUAGGACUGAAAAAUACCAUUAUUUGAAACUACCUGGCAAUUUGGAAGUGUGAAGAAAAAGAUCAUGACAACAAUCAGCUGACACCUUCAUAUCUAUAACCUUGUUAUAACAUUAAAACUUAAACCGUUCCAUUAAUCUGAUAAUUUUGAAGGAAGGCCUGUACUUAACAUAGUGUAUAUGAAUAACAAAAUUACAUUUCAGAAAAUAAAACUUAAUCU